AUGCACCCACCAGUUGGUGGGAUGCAAGGCUACAACGGGAUUUACUGGGGUUGGAACCCCGACAUCGAUAACGGGGUGAACAUCAGCAUGAUUAACGAGGCCACCGGAAAACAGGCGAGCACCUUUGGCAUAUUCAGUCAAAUUAAAAAUGCAAGCUCUUACGAUGGACACCAGUUGUUGAAGCACAUCAACGAAAUCAAAAGCAGCGGUGCAGUGCUUAUCGCAAGUAUCAUGCCUACAGGGCUGAAGUUUAGCGAAGUCGGCCCUGCCAUCGCGAAGGAUAUCGCCACGGUGGUGAAACAGUUUACUGAUGCGAAAGUGGAGGUUUGGGUUCGUUUCGCACACGAGAUGAAUUAUUAUGCCGGAACGGGAUAUUACAAUGGCAUUCGGCUCUUUCUAUGA